ACACUAGUAGCAGCAUGCACACCGCCCUCCAGUACAGAUGCUUUCUCCCAGCAACGUUCCACUUUCUCCAGUGUACUGAGCAUUUUGAGGUUAAACAUGUAGUAAAUGUGUAGCUCAGCACUGGUCCUUAACCACGUCACCUCUGAAUGAUCUAAGUGCAUUCUAUGGAGAAGCCAACGCCCUAGUUAUUAUAGAAAAACCUGCUGUUGUCGGUCCAUCUCUUCUUCUUCUCUCAUCCACAAGUAAUGAUGGAAACAUCUCUUCUCCUAGUCACCGUCAUCCUCUCCGCACUGGUCGCUACAAGUGUUUCUUUGUCAUGUUUGCAAUGUCAGGUACAUGGUGACCAAACUUGCACAGGAACACCACAGAUGUGUCCCCCUGAAGCUGAAGUGUGUGUUUCCACUGUCAAAUCUAAUUUAACAGAUGGAGCGGAAAGAAAAACAUUUAGAAGAUAUUGUGGAGACAGAAAUCUGUGUUCUCUAACUGGAAGUUACAGUGUUCCCACUGGUAAAAUUAAACUGAGUAGCAGCUGUUGUUACACCUCCGGCUGCGCUCCACCCACUCCUCUUUUGCCUGCUGAUAAAACUGAAAAAAACAAGGUUUCCUGUAAGGGCUGCCCUACCAAAGAAGGCAAACCAUGUCCCUCAGAUGUCACAAUGGAAUGCACGGGAGAUGAAGACAAAUGUAUCUCAGUGACUUUUGUAUCAGGACAUUCUGAGACGUCUGUGGCUGGUUGCUCCACACCAGCCCUGUGCGACAGAAUGUAUAACGUGACAGAUGGAAGUAUAAAAACACAAAUCCACAUGGUCUGCCAAAGCAGGAGCGCUGGUCUUCAGCAAAGCUUCUUUCUCUUCAUUAUUUCUACAACGUUGCUUUUAAAAAUCACCUGGUAAAUCCAUGAAGUAUAUGACCAGCCUAUUAGAAACGCAUGACGGAAUUCAAUGAUGGUGCUGCAUGGCUCAGAUAAGCCUUCUUUGUCGCAACAGAAUCACAAGAUAGAUGUACAGUAUAUUAUAAUGAGGUUAGAAGUGGAUGAUAACACUCUCCAUUCUUUCAUUUUCAUUCUUGAGUACAGUGUUAUCAUCCACUUUUAACGAUAUUGCAAUAUGCAUCUGAAAUGUGAUUUUGUAGUGAUACAUAACUUAAGGUUGGUCCAGCGCCAUUACUGAAUUCCGUUUUUGUGGUUUUGUAUACUGUGGUUGAUUUAUCAAGCAUUGGAGAGUGAUAAGUACCAGCCAAUCAGCUCCUAACUGUCAUGUUACAGGCUGGGUUUGAAAAAUGACAGUUAGGAGCUGAUUGUUUGGUAUUUUAUCACCGUGCUAUGUAUCACUCUCCAAGGCUUGAUAAAUCUGGGUCUUAGGGGUCUAUUCAUGAAGCAGUGAAAAGUGUGGAGAAGUGAGCCAGUGGAGAAGUUGCCCAUGGCAACUAAUCAGCAUUGAAGUAACAUUUAUAAUUUGCAUACUAUACAAUUGUAUGGAGCAGCUGAUUGGUUGCCAUGGGCAACUUCUCCACAAGCUUACUUCUCCACUCUUUUCACUGCUUCAUAAAUAGACCCUUUAGUGUGAAUUUACAGUGUGUUUUACAGAUCAGUGAAUGGAGUUUAGUUUUUUAUCACUAUCAGUACAAUGGGUGUGGUAUAACAGACAGACAGUCAAUAGAUACAGUAGACACCAUGGGCGGGAUGUACUUAAGGAAAAUGCGGUAAACCCCCCAAAAACGGGGUUUUACCGCAUUUUCAAAUGUACUAAGAACCUACCGCCGCAUUUUCGCCGACCAGGGUAUCACCAUCUCUAGAUGGCUAUACCCUAUAGAAGCCUAUGGGCUUCUUAACGCCGACCGACGCUACCCACCACCUCCGCCACCCCCGCAACAGACGCCUCCCCCGCUCCCCCCCGGUAUACCUUUCUCUAGGCAGCCCUGGUACCGGAAGGUAAUCUCCUCCUCUCCCUAGCAACGCAGCCGGAGGUUCUUCCGGCUGCAGGGGGGAGGAGGAGGCACCGGGGGCAGCCUGCUGCCUGCUUCCCGGUGUCUAGGCAGUGUGAAGAUCCCGGGGAGGUGACGUAGACCCCACGCAGACCACGUCACAGGUAUCGCGGGGGGCCUCUGUCACCGCAUUGCGAUAUUGAUCGCAUAUGUUAGUACAUAUGCCAGAAGUGCCCAAACUGUGUUCCGUGGCUCCCUGGGGUGCCUCGGGACACUUGCAGGGGUGCCCCGGGGUUGAUGGUCCAGGACCAAUUCAAAUUAUUCAUGGUCAAUAUAAUAGGCAAAACCAGGGCUGGUGGCUGCCAGUCAUAAAAUAUGUGGCCAAAAAGAAGCAAAUCUUGUCCCUCACAACACAACUGACCCUAAGGAUGCCAUAUAAACGCCAUCUACUUAAUGUAAUAUUUCUUUCUAAAUGUCUCAAUAAGAAAUUUUUGGCCUAGGGGUGCCGUGAAAAAAAUUCUGAUAUUCUCAGGCGCGUGAUUCAAAAAAGUUUGCAAACCACUGACAUAUGCGAUCACCAUCGCUGCGAUAAGCGGCGAGGGGCGGCUAUGUAUCUUAAUACAUCCCGCCCCAUAAGUUAGACAGUCAAAAGGUCGACAUGAAUAAAAGUAGACAGUACAAAAGGUCGACAGGGUCAAAAGGUCGACAUGAAAAUGGUCGACAUAAAAAAAAAGGUAGACAACUUUUUUUUUUACAUUUUUGUGGUUUGUGUGGAUAGUUUUGUCAUCUGGGACCCCCAAUUGUAGAAAGGCAUACCCUCGCGGCACUCGCUUCGCUCACCACUCUUCGGGCUUGGUAGCUCACUGCGCUCGCCACAAGGUUUAUAUCCAACUUUAUGCCGACAUGGAUAGAGAAGGUGGGAAAUAGUCCAAAAACAUGUGACAUUGAAAUAAAACCUGGGUCUACAUUUUUUACGUCGACCAUUGUCAUGUCAACUUUUUGUCCCUGUUGACCUAAUGUCUGUCUAACAUAUGGUGUCUAUCAAAUCAUGUACUGUACACUUUUCUUCCUCUGUUCACACCCAGAUUAAUCUCACCCUUAUGUAUGCAUCAAUCGGGCUUCAGUGUAUUUAGUAAAUGUGCAUUGUCUGAAAGCAGUGGCCCAGGAUGUCGCACAAAAAUCUUUAAAAACAAGAAAGAAAACUUUUUCAUGGGUCUUACUACUUUACAUUAUUUGACGAAGAUACAUUUAAUUACAUUUUUUUUCUGUAUCCUGUUUGCGGUGUGUGUAAGGAUGGACUGGGGCAUAAAUAGGGGAUCCGGUCUGAAGAUCGACAGUGUCUAGGUCGACAAUGUUUAGGUCGACCACUAUAGGUCGACAGUCACUAGGUCGACAUGGAUGGAAGGUCGACAGGGUUUCUAGGUCGACAUGUGCUAGGUCGACAGGUCUAAAGGUCGACAUGAGUUUUUCACUUCUUUUUUUUCAUACUUAACGAUCCACGUGGACUACGAUUGGAACGGUAAAGUGUGCCGAGCGAAGCGGUAGCGGAGCGAAGGCACCAUGCCCGAAGCAUGGCGAGCGAAGCGAGCCAUGCGAGGGGACAGAGUGCACUAAUUUGGGAUCCCGGUCACUUUACGAAGAAAACGACACAAAAAAAAAAUCCUCAUGUCGACCUUUAGACCUGUCGACCUAGCACAUGUCGACCUAGAAACCCUGUCGACCUUCCAUCCAUGUCGACCUAGUGACUGUCGACCUAUAGUGGUCGACCUAAACAUUGUCGACCUAGACACUGUCGAUAAAACGAACCACACCCAUAAAAUAGGCCCGGCCUACACUAAUACUAAAUAGCCCUGUGGCCCCAUACAUGUUAUACAGGGCCAAUCAACUUCUCUUUGAUUUGUCUUAUCCAUUCAUUUCCCAUUAAUGGUACAGAAGACCAGAUAUAUACUUACGUCUGUAGAGUAAUGGUUUAGUCAUGCACCGGGACCGGACAAAAGCUGCCCAAUUGAAAGUAAUGGAGUUGUCACAAAAACAUUUAGUUUUUGCUGUAGAUUAAUACAGCUAAACAUACAUUUAAUAAAUAUAUAUGUAUAUUGUGUCAGAUUGUUUGCAGCUCUGGAUACGAAUAAAGUUUCUUCAAGAA